GGUUCAACGUUCGCCGCUAGAAAAAAACGCGCCAAAAACGAUGGUUCACAGUAGCCGCCGCAAGUUCAAGAGCAAGAAUAAGGGCCAUGAGCCGAGAGAAAAUGUUUGGCGUGACGAUCGUGAUGCUCCAGGCAAUCAGGGAUAUCGUAUGGUGGAGAAGGAGAAUGAAAAGUAUUGGCAAUAUUAUAAGGAGCAGAAUGUCUUUCCAUUGGAGCAAUUUGACGAGUUUCGGGCGGCUCUUCAACGAGAUUUGCCUGUUUCUUUCAGAUUUCAGGGUUGUCAUAAAGACCGCGAGCAGCUGAUCCAUGAGAUGGAAAAUCGAUUUUUCGGGAAAAUCAUGGAAGCCGGAGACACUGCUGUAUGUGUUCCAAAAAGUCUUCCAUGGUACAAAGAAGCCUAUCAAACGCCAAUGUCACGUACCGCUGUCCGAAGUCAUCCGAUCCUUGCACAACUUCACAAUUUCCUUGUCACAGAGGCUGAACUCGGAAAUUUGUCCCGACAGGAGGCGGUUUCAAUGAUUCCACCACUUCUUUUGGCUCCAACUUCUGAGCAUUUUGUGCUUGAUUUGUGUGCGGCUCCGGGAAGCAAGACCACACAACUUUUGGAAAUGAUUCAUGAGAACGAGGAGAAUCCGAAAGGAAUGGUGAUCGCAAACGACGUCGACAUGAAACGCUGCUACAUGCUAAUCCAUCACACACUGAAACGUUUCCGAACAGCCGCGUGUGCUGUAACCUGCGAAGACGCCGCCCGCUUCCCACACAUCUCCGACUCGGAUGGUGGCCUAAUCCAGUUCGAUCGUGUCCUCGCCGACGUCAUUUGCUCGGGAGACGGCACACUUCGAAAGAAUCCAGAAAUCUGGAAGAAAUGGACUCCACAAGAUGGUCUUGGAUUACAUCGAAUGCAGAUUGCAAUCGCGAGAAAAGGAGCUCAACAACUGAAAGUCGGCGGGCGAAUGGUCUAUUCGACGUGCUCAAUGAAUCCGAUUGAGGAUGAAGCUGUAGUUGCUCAGUUGCUCAGAGAUUCAAAAGGAUCACUGAAGCUUGUGGAUACUUCAUCAUUGCUCCCAGAGCUUAAACGAGAGACGGGAGUUGUUCAGUGGAAGGUUUUUGAUAGAGAUAUGAAGUUGUACAAGUCGUUGGAGGAUAUUAGUGAGGAAAAGAUGAAAAAAGUGAUUGUUAGCUCACUCUUCCCACCGACUGAGCAAGAGGCAAAGGAGAUGAACUUGCAUUUUACAAUGCGCAUCACUCCCCACGCCCAGGAUACUGGUGGCUUUUUCGUUGCCCUUAUUGAGAAAGUCUCUGAGACUUCAUUCGAUCCAAGUGCAGCCAAUGGACCAGCUUGGAAAAAGAAGAAAAUGUUCAAAGAUGAGCCAUUCACGUUUUUGAAAUUGGACGAUGAGAGAUGGAAUGAUAUUCGUAAUCACUACGGAGUCGAUGAAUCAUUCCUGUACCAAAACCUAUUCAGUCGCCGCCUCGAAUCAAACGAUGCGAACAGUCGUCAACUGUUCUAUGCAAAUGACGCCGUGAAGAAUUUCGUGAAGGAGAACAUGUCGAAAGUAUCAAUUCAGAAUGCCGGAAUGAAAAUGUUCAGUAGAACCGAGGGAAAAGUGGAGAAUACACGAUUCCGUCUAUCACAAGAAGGAAUUCGUUAUUUGUUUAAAUUUAUGCAAAAGCAAAAAGUCAAGAUUGGCACGGAGGACAUGCUUUUCAUGCUGAAAUCCGACGAAAAUCUGGUUCCGCUGGAGAAGUUGGAGUGUAAAGGAGAUGUUCGGAAACAACAGAAUGGUACUGUUGUCGUUUAUUGUGAUGACGAUGAACCUGUCUGUACUUGGGUCGGCUAUCACACAAUUGCACCAUACAUCUCAAAAGAGGAACGACUUCAUUUAUUGAGAAUGAUGGGAGUGGAUUGUGCUGAAAUUGAGCUUUUGAUGAAGAGCAAACGAAAGGAGAAGGCCGCCCAAGACCGUGAAGCCGCGUGGGCUCGCAAGGAAGAAGCCGCAAAGGCUGCGGAGCCGUCCAGCAGCUCAACUGAUGCUCCAGAAUCUGCUGAAACUCUGGAAAUUCCAGAAGAAAAUGUUCAAGAAAUGACUGAAUAAUUUGUUUUUUUUUUGUUAUCUCUUUUUUCUCCUUUAAUUUAUCUCCAUUUAUCCCCUACACAGUUAUAAAUUCUGCUACGUGGCCGUGUGGAAAAAACUCGGCCACCGAUUUUUUUUUGUUCCCUCACGUGGUGCCAAAGUGUUUCAUUUCUGUUUGAUCUACAAAAAAUGCGGGAAUUUUUCCCCAAAAAACUGUGACGUCAGCACGUUUUUAAUCGUGCAAAAUCAGUUGAGAACUCUGCGUCUCAACUCCCGCAUUUUUUGUAGAUCUAGGUAGAUCAAACCGAAAUGAGACAUUCUGUCACAACGUGUUCCCUUUAUUGUUGUUGCAGUUGUUAUUUGAUUUUUUUUUUUGAAAAAAUUUGAAUUUU